UUUUGACUGCACAUGCAAAUCUGGAUAUGAUGGCAAUGGUACAGAGUGCGAAAAUAUCAAUGAAUGCGGCAACGGCACAUGUGGAAAAAAUGCUGUGUGUACCGAUACCCCAGGCUCUUAUAUAUGCUCUUGUGAAGGGGGCUAUACAAAGAUCAAUGGUACAUGCCUGGAAGUUACCACAAUAACAACCAACAAUGAACCAACCACUAAUACAAUGUCUACUGCAAAUGUUACAUCUGAAUCUACACCAACAUCUUCACCAAAUGCAACAAGUGUUACAACAUUAACAUUUGGAAGUUCAGAUGUUACAACUUCACAAGCAAAUGACACAAGUGCUACAAUACCAGUAACUACGGAUGAAAUAUCGACACUUAAUGUUCAAGAAUCCACACAAAACCCUACAGGUGUUACAACUACACCUGUGGGAAACAGUUCAGCUAAUACUGUCACAGUAAAUAUACUGUUUGAAAUGACAUUUAAAACUGGUGUUUAUGACAACCCCAACAAUACAGAAACAAUUGCCUUAAAUAAGACUCUAACAAAUAUGUUCUUCAAUAUCUACAACCGAGUGAGGGGAAUCACACUCGCCUCUGUGCUCAUCAUAGAAUUGUAUGACGGGAGUUUAGGGGUAAAGCAUGAUGUCACAUAUGACUCUACACUGGAUACCGAGAGUAAAUCGAACAUUGCCUUAGAGCUUAUCUCUUCCAUUGAACAAGGAGGGGGUAGUCUUACUGAUUCUGAUGGGGGUGCGUAUGUUGUAAAAGGAGACCCAACUGUAGAGCAAAAUGGAAAACAAGUUGCCAUCAGUACUGUAUGCUCCAUCUAUGAAAGUGAAAGUGCAUGCCAGAAUAGAGGAGUCUGUGUAGAAGAAGAUAAUUCACCAACAUGCAGUUGCAACUUCAUGUACGCAGGCAGGUAUUGUGCGGACUUGAACAUCCAGGCAUUGCUCGCUGUGGUACUGGGGACUAUUGGCGGAAUUUUCUUCCUCGUGAUCAUAAUUCUAAUAGUUAUUCUCUGCAAGAAACGACUAAGGAACAAAGAGACCAACAAGAGCGGGAGCGAGGACAGCGUCUCAGAUAGGGAUUGGAAGUCAUUUGGAUAUGGUGUCUACAAUCGGAGCUUAACAGAUAUCCCGUACAAAGACUUUAAGAAUGUACCAGUAGGAAACACAAGCGACUAUUCUGUGUACACCAAUGACACUUACAGAAUGCGCAGGCAGAAUGUGGACUAUCCGCCAGAUGUGGGUGCAUCGAAUAGUGAGACUCCAUGGUAUCAGAAAGUGAAUACAGAUAUGAAUUUCAAAAUUGACAGACCCAAGGUGGAACCCCAUGCUCGAGAAGUGCCGCCUAAAAGACAUUCAGAUAACAACAGCAAUCCAUACCAAACAAACACAAAUGUCGAUAGUCAUUAUCCACCCAAGAAUAACUAUAACGAAUAUUCACCUGAAUAUGAUAUGUAAAUUACAAUGUGCCAAUGGUGACUAAUUUUGCUCAAAACUGACAAUUAAUUUUGUGAACUCUUAUCUACUUGGCAGGAAAGAACUAAGUUAAUAUAUACUAUGUAAAAGAGUAAAAAGUGAUAUCGACGGCAGUCAAAGCCAGUAUAUCGAAGUUUUAAAGGACAGAAGAAGCAAUUACUUUCAAACUAUCUGUUUUAAAGACCCCAUCUAGGUUUAUCUC